AUGUUAUUGUGUGUGUGUGUGUGUGUGUGUGUGUGUGUGUGUGUGUGUGUGUGUGUGUGUGUGUGUGUGUGUUUCAUUGUUGGACAGCAACAGCAACAGCAGCUGCGCCGCGGCCUUGUCAGCCGGAGCAGCAGCGACUUUGAUGGGUGGGCGGUGCCGGUGCGGUGGGCCCUGACGCUGGCCUCCGCCAAGGCUCACACACCUGACAUGUGUGUGUGUGUGUGUGUGUGUGUGUGUGUGUGUGUGUGUGUGUGUGUGUGUGUGUGUGUGUGUGUGUGGACAGGGGAGCGAGAUCCAGCAACAGACAUGCCACAUGGGCAAGGCGAGCUGAUGUAUUUUGAUCAGGGCUUUUAUCGAGGCGAGUUCAAGCAUGGUGAGAUGACGGGCCGGGGCUACCGCCGCUACAUCAAUGGCACGACGUAUGCAGGCGACUUUGUCGAAGGGGUCUCGCCUACUCUCCGUUGCAUCGUUAAUUGGGCAUCGACCACCCCCAAAACCACAAGGCCAAAUUUCUAA